AGAUAGAUAGAUAGAGAGAGAGAGAGAGAGAGAAUGUACGUGAUGUUCAAUUAGCAUUUUUUUUGGGGUUUUUUGAGCGCCAUAAUAAAUCCAUCAAAGUAUUUUGUAUUGUUUUGUUGUGGAAAAGAAUGGAAGAGAUGACCGAUACGAUGUGGUUGCAAAACCAAAACGAAACAUUAGCAACACCAACACAAAUAUGGAAACAAAUAAACUAUGACCAGUUCAAAGAACAACUUGAAAAAAUGAGUAUGGACAUGGUAGAAAAACAAAAAGAGUCCAAAGCCACUAGGAAAAGGUUAACAGAAACAACCAAGGAGUUCAAACAUAGUUCUUCUGAAGAAAAAGCAAAAAACUUAAAUACACUACUCAAAUCCUAUCAGAGUGAAAUAGACCGUUUAACAACUAGAGCUGCGUUUGCAGAAAGUUGCUUUUUUCAAGUGUACCAGAAACUGUAUGCUACUACGGAUCCUUGUGUAUUUAUUGCAGAGUUGGAAGACUGGAAAUGGAAAUAUCAACAGGUAUUGGAAGAAAAGAAACAGAUGCAGCAAGAAUUGGACCAGUUCCACUUGGAGACGGCAGAUGUGCAAAGACAGGAUGCAACGGUUAGAGAACUUUUAAAGCAAUUGAAACAAAAGGAAGAGGAUACCGAAAGAAAGGUGAUCAAGUGUUAUGAAAAUCUUGCAGAAAAGUCGAAACAAUUGGAGGCAGAAUGGACGGAAACAUUGAAAAAUACAAAAGCACAUCAAGAAAACCAACAGAGUAUUUGGACACAUGAAAUAGAACAAUACAAGGAAAAACUUGCCAACUUACAGACUGCUUAUGAAUCGGUACAAAAUAGAUUAUUUCAAACAAGUCAUCAGUUGGAAGAGUUGCGUGGAGUCAAAAAUACAGAACAUCAAAUACUUUUACAGGAAUUGGAACAAAGUCGUGAAGAGAACCGAGACUUGAAUAGGAAAAUCUCAGAGUUGCUUCAUUCUAAAAGUUCGAAUGUUUUGUCGUCAGAAGCAAGUGAGUCGAAAGAUUUUUAUGCCAAUCUAGCGUGGAAAGAUGGAAAAAUCAAACAGUUGGAAAAGCAGCUGGAUGCUUUGAAAUCGCAAAUGGAAGAAUAUCAAAUUUCCUAUCGUCAAGAAUUGGAAGAUAAGCAACAAGUUAUUACGAAACAGGAAAUGCAAAUCAAGCAACUGGAACGACGCUUGGAAGCAGCUCCCAAUCUUGAUGAAGUACAGAGAUUGCGCAAGCAGAUAACCAAUUUGCAAGCGUUACAAUUUGAUCAUGUGGAGCAACUCCAAGAAGAAGCAAGUGGCAAGGAACCUACGGACUUAGAAACACUAUUAAUGGAAAAGAAUCGAUCUUUAGAAGAUCAGUUGAGUAAAUGGAGAGUCACAGUACAAAACAUAGAAAAGGAGAGCAUGCAGUACCAACAGCAAGCGCUAAGUUUAGAAGAGGCUUUGUCGGAUCAGAAAGAAGUCAAUAGGAAAUUAGAACAAGCUCUAAAUGAAGCCUUGAAGGUUCGUAAUCCUUUAGGUGUUUCGGUCUCUUUAGAGAAUUCUUCGAAUGCAUCCAAGCCAAGAAUUCCGGAGGAACAAGGUAUACUAGAUAUCGUCUGUCAACAAAGAGAUCGAUAUAAACACAAGAUGUUGGAAUAUGAGGAUCAAGUGGAUAAGAUGAGAGAACGAAUUUCACUUUUAAAUGCCACUGUGGAGACACUUAGAAACGAGUCAAAAAGAACAUCUUAUCAAGUGGUCGAUUCCUCAGUUUCAGAUAAAAGAGGAACCAAAAUGGCUGAUAAAGAGUCCUUAUCUCUCAUGUUGGAACAAGGAAAUAGUAAUACUUUAGCUUGGCCAGAAACAACAAGUUAUGCUGGAGCUUCUAGAAGAUGGCUUCGACAGAGAAGAAGUUUUGAAAGGCAAGAGUUUUGACUUUUUGAAAGACUGACUUUUAUAAAAAGCUUUAUGGACUUAGGUGGCUUUAUCGUUGGAGCUUAUUUAUAUUGCGAAACCGUUACGCUACUCUGUUUCUCUUUUUCUACAUCUUCUUCUUGCAUCUCUUUGUCGUGCUCAUACUUUACCAAACAACCCAUCAACUUGGAGAUAACGAAUCCCAAUCUCUUACUGAAGCUGUUCAACUGGAAUAAAACGACUUGUCACGAACUGUUUCGAGUACUAUUUUCAAGUCGACAUACAGUAACGGUCACUCUUGGCUUUUACUCUUUCGUCCAAAAGUUGUUCUUUAGUUACUUCUUUCUUCUCUUCCUUGGAAGGUUUCUUCUUUUCCACUCCUUUCAAUUUGAGUUUCUUAGCAACAACUCGAGGUUUCUUAUGGAGGUUAGUGUCUUGUUGUUGUUUACUAGACUGCAUGGGUUUAUCGGAAUCUACUGCCAUGUUCUCUCACCGCUAUAAUAUUACUUCAUUGAUAUGUAGACUCUGCUCUCUCCUUCAGAAGAAUCGUUGAUCUCCUAUUAACUGGCCAUCCCAUUUUAUGAUGGGCUUCAUGUCGAAAGAUGAUGUUUCAAUCACUUACGCUUUCCAUUCAAGAACUAUUGCUUUUUU